AUGACCACCGCAACCCCCCACCUCGACGCCCUCCAACGCGACGGCUUCGUCGUCGUCCGCAACCUCCUCACCCCCACGGAAGUCGCCCACUACCGCACCAUCGCCACCCAAGCAACCGCCCUCGCCCGCACCGGCACCUGGCCACACUUCCGCACUCACCUGCUGCACCCGUCCAUGCCCGGCCGCGACGCUUUCGCCGCCUGCUACUUCUCGCCGUCCAUUCUUGCCGUCGCCGAAGAGCUCAUGGGCGUGACCUCGCUGAGCCCCGCCAGCGAACCCCUCGUCCUCGAGCUCUUCAACCUGCUCGUCGCCCCGGAGACGCGCGACUUCGAGCUGCGCUGGCACCGCGACGACAUCCCCGAGACCGUCGCCGGGGACGAGGAGCUCGCCCUGCUCGCCGCCAAGGCCCCCGGCGGCCGCCAGAGUCACUGUCAGUAUAACCUGGCGCUGUGUGAGGACAUGUCGCUGGUCGUCGUGCCAGGGUCGCAUGCGCGCGCGCGCACGGAGACCGAGCGUGCGGCCGAUCCGUACCAGCCCGAGUUGCCGGACCAGUUGGUGGUCAAGCUGGAGCCCGGCGAUGCGGUGUUCUACAAUAGCAACAUCUUGCAUCGUGGGGUGUAUCGCGCGAAGGAGGCCGGGGCGGAGGAGUCGAGGCUGACGCUGCAUGGGAGUAUUGGAUUGAAGGGGGAGGAGGGCGAGGGGGAGGCCGAGAAGAAGAAGGUCAGGGCGACGGCGGUGUUGCAGCAUGGGGUUGGAGCGUGGGUGCAUCGUGACGAUGCGGCGUUUGGCUUGGGAGAGAGAGCCGAGCGGAUGAGGGCGAAUCUGGUGGCCAUGGGGACGGGCGAGGGGGUAGGGUUCUCGUUGCAGGGUUGA